AUGGCAUAGAAUGAAAAUGAGAUUUACAGAAGAAUCAAAUUACUAGGAGAAGGUUCUUUUGGAAAGGCAUAUUUGGUCGAAUGCAUUCAGGAUGGAACUCUUUGCGUGAUCAAAUAAGUAGAUUUAAAUUAAAUGAAAGAAGAUGAAAGAAGAGAAACAAUCAAAGAAGCAAGAAUUUUAGAAGCUUUGAGACAUCCUAAUAUAGUAAAAUUUAGAGAAGUCUACAAAACAAAAAAAGGUAGGUUAUGCAUUGUAAUGGAUUAUGCAGAUGGUGGGGAUUUAAGCAAUAAAAUCAAAUAGACGGGAUCAUGUCUUUUUAGUGAAGUAUAAAUACUUGAUUGGUUCACAUAAAUAUGUUUAGCAAUCAAACAUGUUCACGAUAGAAAAAUUAUCCACAGGGAUUUAAAAACAUAAAAUAUAUUUCUGACUCAAGAUGGUAUUAUCAAACUUGGGGAUUUUGGAAUUGCAAGAGUGUUGAAUCACACACGAGAAAAAUGCAAGACCAUUGUUGGAACUCCCUAUUAUUUAUCUCCUGAAAUCAUAGAAAGUAGAGAUUAUUCAUUCAAAACUGAUAUUUGGUCUUUGGGAAUCAUCCUAUAUGAACUCUGUGCUCUCAAACCUCCAUUUAAUGCAGAAUCCUUACAUGGAUUAGCCCUUAAAAUUGUUAGAGGCCAAUAUAACACUAUCCCUGAUAAAUUCUCUACCAAUAUGAGAUAAUUAAUCUCUUCCUUACUUUAAGUUGAUCCAAAUAGAAGACCCAAUAUUCAUGAAGUCUUGAAGAUGUAUAUUCAAUUAUUAAUUUAGGCCUAUCAUAGUAAACAGAAUCAGAAGUGUUCUAUCUGAAAGUAUAAGAAAUGUUGAGUUUUCCCAUACUAUUUUACACAAAUAAAAUUUUGUUAAUCAUAAUUUGAUAGUUCCAUAUGAUACGGAAUUGAGGAGUGUAUAUUCAUAACCAAACCUUGGCAAAAUAUAGCAACAAUAACCAUUGCAAUAAUUUUAAUAAUAAUAGCCUAGCAAUUAUUUAUUGGCAUUUAAUGCAAGAGGAUAACCAUAAAAUAAUUUAUUAAAAUAGAAAUAAUUAUAUUAAUAGCAUCUACCAUAAGUAAAUAUCUUAUAUAUUUAAUUUAGAAUUAUGACUAUAUAUCUAAACCCUCCCUAUAAAAUUAUAAUCCAUAUAUGAAUUAUCAAAAAUAUCCAUAUAAUAAAUAAUAAUAAUAAUAAUAGCAAUAAUAAUAACAAUAGUAAUAAUAAAUAUAGCCAUUAUAAGUUAAUAAUAGACCUAAUAUUUCACCAUUAAAUCAAUAAAGAAAUGAGAAAUCACCUUAUUAUGAAGAUAAAUCACCAUUAAGCAAAUCUCCUUUUAAUAAAGAUUUGAGGGACAAAUCUCCCUUUGAAAUAUAAAGAGAAUAAGUCAGAUAAUAAAUCAAAAGAAAUGAAGAAAAGUUUCAAUAGCUUUAAGAAAAUAAAUUAAAAUACUUAUAACCUGAUAAGUAUGAAUUACCCAAGUUAUCAAGGGAACCAUACUCCUAACCAUAAAUCCAAUAUAAAUAUUAGAAGUAAUAAUCUGAUCCUGUGUCAGUCAAAGACCCAAUUAGAUUGGAACCAAUAAAUAAUAAUUAAAAGAUAGAAUAAUAAUAAUAAUAAAAAAUCGAUUUGCAAUAAAAGAUAGAAUAACAAUUAUAAUCAUAAUACCCUUCAUAUUCUAGAGAUUAAAAGGAAUAAAGAGACAGCGUAUAUUAAGCUCCUUAAACUGAAAGAGUAUAAGUAGCACAAUACAUUUCUCAACCUCCUCCAACUUAAUAAUAAGUUGAUCCAAUCUAAAAAACUGAAUCAGUUAAACCAAGCAAAUAAUAAUUAAAGGAAAGUCAAUUCAUCUUAUAAGAAAUUAGAGAAAUUAAAAAUGAUAACAAAGAUGAUAGAGAGAAGAUGAAAUAAUUAAUGGAAAUGAAAAGAUAAAGAAAUAGUAACACGUAAUCAGAACUCUAAGAAAUUAUUAAAGAAGCAUCAAAGACUUCCGAGGAAUAAGAAAAUGAAGCAUCACAAUUACUGGCAGAAUUAGAAGAUAUAGUUAUAGCUGCUGAAGGUGGUGAUGUUAAACAUUCAUAAGUAAUCAAUGUAGGUGAUGGUGAUUUACUUAAUAUACAGCAAUCAGUUCGAGAAAGUGUGGAUAGAGAGGAUGAUGAUAGUUUGGAAUAAAAGUCCAAUGCUUCAAAUGAAAAUGGAGAAAGGGAAAGCUUUCAAGAUGAUGAAGAUAUUAUUUGUGAAACACCAAAAGAAUUGCUUUAUCAAUUACUCUUAAGAUAAAUUGGUUAGGAAUAAUUGACUAAAGCUUUAAAUAAAAUAUAAAAUACGUACUCCCAAGAUUAUCUCAAUCUAAUGCAAAAUGGAUUGGAUGAAUUUUAACAAUACAAAGCACUAAUAUUCAUGUAUGAAUGCAUGUGA